UGGGAAGGAUGAGUGAUGAAAGAGUAAUGUACGCCAGGAACCGUAUUAUGGUGGGGGCCAGACCGGCAGUCGUGGGUGGGACUCCCAUCACUGAAGAAUUAGCUACGGAGUUGCGUGUGACAGCAUUCGGUACAUCAUCAUGUCCACCAAGAGGAGAAUGGAUUCACACACCACUCGUGAUGCGACCGGCUGAACAGCCGCUAGCCUAUGGUCUCGCAGCCGCUCGUAACGGUACCAGAUCAUUGCUGUCUGCUCUCCAAGCUCAUAUCAUCAAAUGGCUUCUAUUUGAUUCCCGGCCAAUCACCAAGGACAAUAAAUCAAAGGAGCCGCCUGAUAGCUAUCUCCGACCAUCCGAAGAGAGGCAAGAAGAAGCCCUCUGGCGCGCUUGCAGCGAGGUCAUCUGGCGCUGCGCGGGUUCCAACGAACCGAAGGCUAUGUUGGCUUUACCUACUGAUCAUACGUAUGUGCAGCAUAGCUCGAAUUAUUACCAGGACGGGAUUACUGAAAAGCUGCAUCUGUUCGAGUUCAAAAGUCUGGAGGAUUUGCAAAUAUUUAUCAAGAGAUAUUUGUAUUUGUUUCAGUCAGAAGACGGUUCAGGUGCGCUGCUUCUCCUGUAUGCUGCCAUCUUGUCGAGAGGCUGUGAAAAUAUAAAGAAAGAUCUAGACGGCAAACUAAACUACCUAGUAUCUACACAAGUGGAAGGAUCUCUGAAUGUCACCACGCUGCUCCUCACUGGUCGAGCCACACCCUAUCUCCAUAAUGGUGUACAAUAUGUGGGGGAUGAAGAUCAUUAUGCUAUGCCCCAAUUUGGUGUGCUGUCCAGAAGCCCAGUGGGUCUACUUGUGUGGUACAAUGGUGAUGAUACCGCCACCAACCACGUGUCGAAUCAGUACCCUGGAUCAAGGUUGAAGACCCCUGCUUUGCCUAUAUGGGUAACAAGCUGUUCUGGACAUUUUGGCGUACUCUUCAACACAAACCGGGAGUUAUUACGGAACUAUCACGCUGAAAGGAGGUUCGACAUCCACUACUACACAUGUGGUGGAUGCCACGUGUUACUCAACGUGGACACGAGAGCUCAUGAAGACGCUGGACCUCUAAGAACUGAUGACAUCAGCGCUACACCGUUGGAGAAACUUAUUCAUACUAAAUGGCAAGAGGCGAAAAUAACGUGGACAGGAGCUGCACCAUAUACUUCUGAUUCUCCUAUAUAA